CUGAAGUCUCAGAGUCACACUGAGAGCUCCGCUAUUCACUGGCAGCCACAACUAUGCAAAAAUAAUAUGAACAGGGAAGAUUAAGAAUCUGCUCAAAGACACCAACAACAAAUCGACUCUGCAACCUGGGCUCGAAGUUUUCGGCUUCUCAAUGAAGAAAGAGCAGCCUGCAAUGGAGCCGAAGACUUCUGAGACCUCGGCCCAGGAUGGACCAGUGCCUCAGUGGAACGUGGCCUCCAGCUCAGGGCUUCGUUAUGGCACUCUUGCCAACAGCGUAUCAUCCAUCGCACCAUCUGCAUCAGAGAAACCCACCAUAACUCCGACCAGGGCUUACAUAGCCAUAGCUGUACUCUGCUACAUCAACUUGCUCAAUUACAUGGAGCGGUACACAAUAGCAGGUGUCCUCUCCAAAAUCCAGAUCUUCUUUAAGAUUAGCGACAGCACAGCUGGACUUCUGCAAACAGUCUUCAUCUGCAGUUUCUUACUCCUGGCGCCUCUCUUUGGUUAUAUGGGGGACCGCUAUAAUCGCAAAUACAUCAUGAUUGGUGGCUUGAGCGUCUGGCUUGUGACAGCGGCUGGCAGCUCUUUUGUCACUGAGUCGUACUUCUGGCUUCUCGUGCUGCUGCGAGCGCUGGUCGGUGUAGGAGAAGCCAGCUACUCCACCAUUGCACCCACCAUCAUAGCAGACCUUUUCAGUGGGGGGAAGCGCAGCAUCAUGAUCUGUGUGUUCUACGUCUUCAUCCCUGUUGGGAGUGGUCUUGGAUACAUAACUGGGGCUGGGAGUGCUUUCCUUACAGGAGACUGGCACUGGGCUCUCAGGAUCACUCCCAUCAUGGGUUCAGUGGGGCUCAUCUUGAUGAUCUUCUUGUGCCCUAACCCACCGAGAGGUGCAGCAGAAACUGAUGGACAUGGAUUAAUGGCGCAGAGCUCAUACCUGGAGGAUGUGAAGUAUCUUCUGAAAAACAAAAGUUACGUGUGGUCAUCACUGGGAGUUACGGCUCUCGCCUUCCUCACCGGAGCCUUGGCUUUCUGGUUGCCCACUUUUCUAUCCAGGGCUCACAUCACUCAAGGACUCAGAGAGGAGUGCACAUCCGACCACUGUGACUCUACAGACAGUUAUGGCUUUGGCGCUGUGACGGUGGUAACAGGCAUUCUGGGAGGAAUUCUGGGCACAACCUUAUCUAAACGGUUCCGGGAUAAGGUGCCACAUGCAGACCCACUCAUCUGCGCAGUGGGCAUGCUUGGAUCUGUCCCUUGCCUUUUCAUCAUCAUCUUUGUGGCAUCUAUAAGCAUUCCAGCCACUUAUGUAUUCAUCUUCUUUGGUGAGUUGUUGCUUUCACUGAACUGGGCUGUCUUGGCUGACAUACUGCUGUAUGUUGUUGUUCCAACCAGAAGAGCCACAGCUGAAGCUCUACAGAUCACAGUUGGUCAUCUUCUUGGUGAUGCUGGGAGUCCCUACCUGUUAGGAGUGAUCUCAGAUGCAAUACUCUCAUCAAACGGCCAAACGGAUUACUGGAAAUUCCACAGCCUGAAAUUCAGCCUCCUGGUUUGCCCAUUUGUUGGGAUCCUGGGUGGAGUGUUUUUCCUUGUCACAACACUCUACAUUACUGAAGACAGGAAAGCAGUGCUGCGACUGGUUGAAGAAGAUCCUCAGCCACAACAAGUCCCCAUACCUGAGCUCUCCGUGGAACUGGGCGACAAGAGAAUUGAGUAAAAAUGGGUAUAAGCAGCCAUGCCUUUAGUGGAAAGUAUAGCGGAGCUUAAACUUACAGUCACUCGUUUAGAAAGCUGGUGUUGGAGCUCAAUGGAGGAAAGUUAGCUUUUUGUCACUUUGCACAAGCACACUGUUGAAAGGUACAGAGAAAACCUCUCACCAUCAAAGGGUCAUGUGUUCUCUCAGCCUUAAGCUGUUAUCUACCAGUUUAUUUAUUUAGUACAUUUGGAACAGACUUUUUUUUUUUAAACACUGGAAAUAUAUUAUAACUUCAAAAAGUCGAUUCCUAUUUAUUAAGAUUCAUAUCAGUUUGCCUGCCGUCCCCAACAAGGUAUUACCUCAGAGUAUUUUCAGUGUAAAUGGUCCUUUUGAAAUGAUUACUUUUCUUUUCAGUGGCAAUGUGUGGUGUACUUGAAAAGUGAAUGUAAUUACAUUUUUACUGUAAAUAUUGUUUUUAGGUUUGAAUAAACUUGGAAGUGAAACAUUUUGACCAUUGGAUAUACGAGCCCUUUUAUAUCUAUGUAUCAAAAUUUAGAUGAAUAUACAACUAUAAAAGUUCAAAUGAGCUGUGCAGUUAUUUUUACGAUUUACUUUUUCAUUUUCUGUGCUCCAGCCUUCACACCAUCAGCCUAAAACCCCAGCUAAAAAUACUUGAACUGCUGGACAUUAUCAAAUUAAACCUUCCAUCCAUGAGCAUCUGUUCCAUUUGUGCACAAUAGAUUUAAAGAUAGACACAGCCUAUUCUGUGCAUUGCUUUUUUUCUUGAAAUGAUGUAAUUUUCCUUUUUAAACGCCAAUGGGGUAGCAAGAACAUUUGAGGAGCUUCUUUGUUUGAUCACAAAAUGUAACAUUUUUAUUGUUGGCACUUUGUCCACUAGAUGGCGCAGCUGCAUCUUUGUAGAGAAAAUGCUUCCAUUAGAAUCCCCAUUAGUGAGUCACAGUGGUUUUACCAGAUGUUUGCUGAGACCUCCAGUAGACCAGACAUAAGGGAUGUUCAUGUGUCCAUGCACGGACUAUUAAGAUCUACAAUCAUUUUCUGAUUUUACAAUGGUGUUCCUGUUGUGUUAUUUAAUUGGAAAUGUAAACUGCUUUAAAAAGAACUGCAAUUAACUGUUAAAGCCAGUUGUAAAGAUAAUGAUUAAAUGUUUUUAAACACAUUAAGAAAAUAAAUUUUUUGAUCUCAGAUAUGUAUUUGAUGUUAAAUAUGC